AUGCCCAUUGAUCUUGGGUUGCUGAGGGUGCUUGUCCUUCUAAAGCAUCUCAACAACCCCCAGAUAGCGUUUCGAGCCAUCCACGUCGCUGGUACCAACGGUAAAGGGCUGACGCUCGCCUACCUUCUGCUGAUCCUCACCGCCGCCAACGUCCGCAAUGGCCGGUUCACGCUGCCUCAUAUGCUUUAUUAUAACGACUGUAUCCAUAUAAACGGUGAGGUUUACCCAUUACAGAAGUACCGCCAGAUCUCCGACCUUGUCGUCGAAAAAGACCGUCUCCACAAUAUCGGGUGCACCGAGUUUGAGCUUCUAACGGUGACUGCAUUUAAGAUAUUUGAGGUGGAACAAGUGGACGUGGCUUUGAUUGAAGUGGGCCUCGGCGGAAGGCUAGAUGCUACCAAUGUUCUCCCAGGUUUUGAUGAAAGUAAAGGCAAAGACACUGGGGGUGUAAUUGCCUCGGGUAUUACCAAAAUUGCUCGUGAUCAUGAGCUGUUAUUAGGUGAUACGCUUACGGCAAUCGCCGGAGAGAAAGCAGGGAUUUUGAAGUCGGGAGUGCCGUGUGUGGUUGAUCUGACUAAUGAGGAUGAAGUGCUUGACGUGGUACGAGCCCGAGCUCACGAGCUUGGUUGUGCUAUAGAUGAAGUGCUGACCACUGAUUUGAUAAGCUACUCGCCGUUGGCUGGAAGCUAUCAGCAACAAAACUUGGCAGUCGCAUUAGGGCUUUUGAAAGCUGCACGCAUCAAUGUACCCCAUCAGACGAUUAUUGACGGUAUUAAAAACACUCAUUGGGCCGGUAGGCUUCAGCUGAUUACCGUCAAGGAGCUCCCCAUUCUCCUAGACGGUGCACAUAACGAAAACGCCGCCAUUGAGCUCGGCAAGUACCUCCAAAAGUUUCGUCCCAGUGGCAUCAUAUUUGUGGUGGCGAUGACUUCGGGUAAGUCGAUAGCCAAGUUGCUUAAGCAUGUCACCAUUAAGGAUAAGGAUACGGUGGUUGCCACUACGUUCACUACACCGGAAAACAUGCCGUGGAUAUCGUGCUACCCUACGGAGGAGUUGGCUCGUCGAGCCGGUAAAUACGUUGACGAUGUCGUACAAUCAUCAGGGGUACUGAUUAUGGAAACAUUGGAUACAAUUCGCCAACGCAAGGAGAAGGAGAACGAUACGCGGCCUGUGGUGGUGUGUGGUUCGCUUUAUCUCUGCGGUGACGUGUUGCGAGCAGUCACCCCUCAAUAG